AUGUUCGAAGUCAAAAGAGAAAAUAAAAGUGUUGAGACUAAGGACAACAGUUUAAAAGAAACACUUCAGGUUCAUGAAGAUCAGGUUAAAAUUAAUAUCGACUUAAAAGACCGCUUGAAAAAAUACAUCAGAAAACUAGAGGAUACAGGAUCAAGUAUAACUAAGGAAGAAAGCAAAAAAAUUGAAUUGGAAACAUUUAAACAAUUGUAUAAACCAAAACUUGAUGGCAAUGAGGAAUCAUACAAAAAGGUACCCAAAUUUUAUUUUAAAUUGCCUCGAUCGGACGAUAUCUUGUCUCAAAAGCUAAGAGAAGAGACAAGAGCACAAUUUUUACAGAAGAAAAGUAAGGAAUUGCUUGAUAAUGGAGAGCUAAAGCAUUUGUGGAGCUUGCUUGAGAAGUCUAAUGGUAGUUACAGUAUGGCUAAUACCGAUGAGUUGACCAUUGACUAUCAUCAGUUUAGGAAGAUAAGGGAUGAAGCUGGACCUAAGUACAGACCAUAUUUCUCAGCAGAAGUCUUUGGUAGAUUACAAGCAGCGGAAGGUGGAGUUGGGCGUGUUAAAGGUGUGUCUCUGUUUAACUAUGUUAUGCGACGUGUGUGGCUUCAGCAGACUAGGAUUGGGCUCUCAUUGUAUGAUGUUACUGGACAGGGAUAUUUGACUGAACAUGAUUUAGAGAGCUACAUAGCGGAACUUGUGCCAUCUCUUGCUGCAUUAGACGGCCUGGAUUCAUCUUUCACAUCUUUCUAUGUUUGCACGGCAGCUAGAAAGUUCUUAUUCUUUCUAGAUCCGUUACGUGUAGGCAGAGUCAGGAUACGCGAUGUGCUUUCGUGUUCCUUUCUUGAUGAUUUGUUAGAGCUCAGAGAGGAGGACUUACCAAUGGAACUACAAGAACAGAAUUGGUUCAGUGCAGCAUCUGCACUUCGUGUUUAUGGACAAUACCUCAAUCUGGAUAGAGACCACAAUGGAAUGCUUAGUAUCAAUGAAUUGGCUGGGUUUGGUUCGGGCACGUUAACACGAGCAUUCCUACAACGAGUUUUCCAACAGUGCCUCACAUAUGAUGGUGAAAUGGAUUACAAAACUUAUUUAGACCUGGUUUUGGCUUUAGAGAAUAGGCGACAACCGGCUGCGUUAGCUUAUCUCUUUCGAGUGCUGGACAUAAACUCCCAGGGGUAUCUAGAUGCCUUUACGCUGAAUUACUUUUUUAAGGCAAUCCAAGAACAAAUGAUAGCACACGGCGCAGAACCGGUCAACUUUGACGAUGUGAAGGAUGAAAUUUUCGACAUGAUACGUCCCGAACACCCAUCAAGAAUAACAUUGCAAGACCUCAUUAGAAGCGGUCAAGGCCACACGGCUGUCUCCAUUCUUCUGGAGCUACACGGCUUUUGGGCUUACGAAAACCGGGAGGCGUUAGCGGCCGCUGGAGAUCAUUCUUGA